AUGGUGGCGCGGUCACCCCCUACCAACUGGCAUGAGCUGGGGGUGCGCAAACUGCGGCGAGAGUCGUGGAAGCUCACCGGCGAGCAAUGGCGCUGCUGUCUGGGUGAUGCCUGGGCAGUGGCACCGCUAGGGUGCGUCGUUGCCGUGGUGACAAGCCGCAUGGAGUCCUCAUCAGCGCUUCCGGAGAACGUGAAGUGCCAGAUGCGUAUAUUCAGAGGAGGUACAGGAUCAUUGGUGACAUGCGUCCCAUGGCUGGUGAGGCUGGAUACACUGCUGGCGCUGCAGUGGACUGAUUCCAUGCUGCUGGCGGCGAUCUUCCGCAACUCGUGCGUACGCGUGUUGUCGGCGAAUGGCGACUUCAUGCACUACUUCCACCUGUUCUUUACGGAGGAGGCGGCGCAGAGCUACCCGAUCGACUCGUCGCUGGUGACGCUGUGCACCUGGGGAGGAGGCGCAGUCUACGUGAGCAAGGAGAAGGCGUGCCUCUACGUCCAGCGCGGAUUUGAGGGCCGGAACUGCGUCCACUUCCCGUUAGGUGAUUACUCGCUGCGCAUCUCGGCUCUGGGAGUCCUGCCGCAUGAGGAUUGGAUGGAGUCGGUAGUUAUCGUGGCACGGGUGGACGGCGCGUGCCACGUCGUCAUGCGAGAGCUGCUCAAGUGCCGUGACUACGAAGACUUUCAGCGGUGCGCCACGGAGAUAUCGCAUUUAGAGGGUAUUGGAUUUGACGAGGUUGUGUUCUGCAGUCACGUGGCACCGGGGUGCGAGGAGACGUAUUUUGCACUCCGUGAUAGCUCCACUAACACGGUGGCUUCAAUGUGCUAUCGCAACGGCCGUGUUUACCAGCUGUGGCGGACUGUGCUGGGGACGUCGGGGGACCUGUAUGUGGUAGGAUCGGGCGUGGUGGCAGUUGUCAGCGGUGACCGCAUAACCUUCAUCCAUGGUGGUGACGACGGAGCUCAAGAUGCAACUAGCGCAAUUGUAAAGACACAUUUCUCAGCAAAACCUGUCUGCGUGAGCUCGGAUGUUGGCGGCGGUUUGCGGGUGUUUACCGCCUCCAACGGUGAGUUCUUCAAGCUUGUGUCUCCGGCGGCCGAAAGCGUACUCGCCUCAUGCGCAUCAGGCCCGGCAUCAGUGUUACUGCGCGCUUACGAGACGUUCCAAAGCGGUGAUGUGAAGGCCUGUGAGGCAUUGAGGUUGAUCCGCGACGACGUGGUCGACGCCACCGCCACAUGCGUCGCUGCGUCUCUGGAUUGCUGGGAUUUCGAUACUGCAUCCACCCUUCUAGACGCGGCGCUAUUUGGACGUUCGAUGAACUCGGUGCAGGUGGAAGGUGAGCAUGAUGCUGUUUCGUCGGCCUCCACAUCGGAGAAUGUCUCGACAACGGGAUCAGUCGAUGGAUCAGUGGACUCUGCAAAAAGCAAACUGCCGAGCAGGCAUACAGCCCGUAGUAGUCCCAGAGGCGUUCCUGGGGCAAUUGGCACCGGUGUUGUCCCGUCUGCUGAAGAUGCUGCAACGGCUGCGGAUGCAACUGAUUCCACUUCAAUCGCAACAACCCGUCAAGACCAAGUCGGUACUGCGGGAGAACAGCAUAUCCGGGGGCAUGCUACGGCGCUCGCUAUGAUUCGUGUGGCGAAGGCAUUGCAAGCGGUGCCCAGCGAAAUAUGCACCAAUCCAUCGCAGCUGCUGGCGUUCGGCUCACGAGCGCUUGUUAGCAUGCUGGCGUCGUUGCGAUUCCACCUGCUAGCGCUCAAGGUGGCCGACUUCCUGGGAGCUGACAAGAAGGAGGUGCUGCUGCAUUGGGUGCAUACCCGCGUGAAGUUGGGUAACCACAUGACCGAUGAGGAGCUAGUGGAGGUCAUAACGAAGCUCUUGGACGGCUAUGCGGGGGUGGUGUUGCCAUACGCCGACAUCGCUGAGGCGGCUGCGAAGGAGAAGCGUGAGACCCUGGCGCUCGCACUCUUAGACCGAGAACGCAGCACGCUGCGGAAGUUUAACUCGCUCUGUUCCUGGGGUGAGCUCAGCAAAGCCGCCAUUGUUGCAGCGGAGGCGUGUGAUACUUUGUACGCCGCACAGCUAAUACAGGAGGCGCAGUCUGGAUCUAAGCUCGAACGCGUCGUGGAGAUAUCAAACAGCAACUCGUUCGUGCGUGAUGUAUUCAUCAAGCAGUGCAACCUGGAGGGGGACUCGGACGUGUUGCAGGUCUUCUUAGAGCGUACUGACGAUAUUGUGGGUGCCGGAAUGAACGCCGUGCGUCGAGCCAUGGAAAUCCUGCAGCCUUCGGCUGCUGAGACACCGGAACCUCGACCCAGAUCUGCCAUGCAUCAGCUUGUAACUCACACUGCGGCGCAGGCGAACACGCAGUCGGAAGAUUGUGUUACAUGGUUAAAGUACUCUUCCGAUUUCUUCAGAGCCGUCAUUGCGUCCAAGAGCAACCGCAACGCCGGAGUUGUGGAAACGGCUGGGCUCUGGAAAGACUGCAUAUCGCAGCAGCGCGAACUGCUCACGGCGCAGGCGGCGCUGGAACGAUCGUCUCCGGAACUUGCCAAAGCGGGGUUGGUAGGCAGGAGCCUGGUCCACACCGUGUUCAUGCUGUACCGCCUGGACAUGGGCAAGAAGGCAGAGAAGUUGGCCUCCAAGUUCCGGAUGCCGUUCAACCAGCUGUGGCGCUGCCAACUUGCAGCGGCGCACGAGGUGCAGAACAUCAACGAGCUUUUGCGCAUGGCGACGGACAAAAGUGCGCACGCGCAGUACGUCAUGCUCAAGAACGGCAAGGAGCCAGUCGACCUGGUGCUGGAAGCGCUGCUGUCGUUGGGAGCCACCAACGCCGUCGAGAGUGUCGUGGCAACGCUGCGAUCGCCGCAUCAGCAGCGGUGGCGAAACCGCUUAAACGCGCGAUUGGGUGGCACCGGAUCGCCAGAAUCGGAUAAUCAGGCACAAUCCCUGUUUGCCAGCCUCUCCAAACGCAUUUGGAAUUGA